AUGACUAUUCAGGACGGCCUUCACCUUUUCAUCAUUCGCACAGCAGACCAGUACGUCUUUGAGGCAAUACCCAUAUAUCUAUACGGUUCACGUCUUUUCCUGCAGCACUUGCGAGAAAACAACACCCAGCGUCUAUCGAAGUUCAUACCAAAACAACCUCUUCCAACUUCCCAACAAACCAAACAUCGAAAACAUGCGCGAUUUCCUACGAAACUUCCUCGUGGCAGCCGCCCCUUUCCCUUCCCGCCAGCCCCAGGCCCCGUCCACACCGACAACACCGUCAUACCAACCUACCCAACCCACGCCCCUACCUACGAACAGUGCGCCACCUGGGCACGCGCCAAGUCAGACGCCUCCUGCCUGACCAUUAGCAAAGAGAACUGCCUCAAGACGCGCGAGUUCCUGCUGCUCAACCCGCAACUCCACGGUGACAGCGAAGAGGUGUGGGAGGACUACUGGUACUGCGUCCGCAGCCCGGACGGCGCUGUGUGUGUGGUGAAGACGGUCACCGUCAUUCCGUUGCCGGCGACGGCGACGGCGACGGUUUUGGGUACUCGACAGCUGUGA